AUGUCCGCUCACAGCGACGACCAAGACUCCGAGCUCGGCUUCGACCCAGCAGCCGGGACAAGCUCAGACACUCUCGGUGACGACGAGCUCUUCUCCCCGACCAAGAAGGCGACAACGACCGUCGACGUUACUGCGCCACCGCCUAAUGACCAUGUGGCAUACGUUCAUAAGCGGCUGGCAGAUGCUCGUGGAGGUCACGCAGCGCUGGAAAAGUUUGAAGAGUCGCGGGCACGGAUGACGGUGGCACAAGCGGAUCGGGAAGAGAAGCAUCGUUCUCGGCUCAUCCAACGGCUUGGUGGUGCGGUGGCCACUUCUCAGGCCCUGGUUGAACUGCUUCAAAAGCAUGCAGCUGGAGCGAGUGCCAUGGCUGACAUGCUGAAGGAGACGGCGGCAGCAGCGGCUCGCAUCGAAGAUCUCGGCUCAAUCGGUGCCGCCUUGGCUGCCCUCGGCUCGGCCGAUCUCACCUCGCUGGCGGCGUACGAAGAGUACGCCGCGCUGCUGGCGAGUGAGCUCAUUCCGCGUGCAAAAGCUCUGGCCAAAUCGACCGCUGCUACCGCGAACAAGCUCGGAAAGGCCAUCGCGGCGGCAACCAACAAGCUCGGUGACGCCCGGGCUGCGCUCGAUGCGCACUACGCCCGCCACGCCAAGGUCACCCAAUUCCGCGACGAGGCAUCAGCGUCGGCCAAGGCCGCCAAGGCCGCCGAUCCGUGGCUCACCCAGCACGAGUACAAGCAGAGCCUUCGGUCUGCCCGCAAGGCCGAGUCGGCCUACCGCCACACCAUGGGCGCCCUCUUUGUCAAGUACUCUGAGCUCGAGGUCGAGCGCGGCGCGGCGCUCAAGACCAUCCUCGAUGACAUGGCCACCGCCCGCAAGGUCCUCCACCUCAAGGCUUCGGACGCGCUAGCCGAGCCCAAGGCCCUCGCCCGCGCCAUCAACGGCCAGGCUGAUGUCAACGCCUUUACCAAGAAGAGCUUUACCGAGCCGCCCGUCCCCGACGUCACCAAGGGCUCGCGCUACCUCAAGUUUAACUCGCCGCACAUCCUCAAGCACGGCAUGCUCUCGCUCCAGCGCGGCACCGUCUUUACUUCGUGGAAGCCACACCUGUUUGUACUCUCGUGCUACGGCUACCUGCAUCACUUUCCGCCCGACAAGACCCCGUCUGAUCUCGCCACCCUUGCUCCCGAGCUCUCGCUCUACCUUCCAGCAUACACGCUCCGCCCGGGCCCGCACCCCAAGGCCGGCGAGUGCGCCUUUGAGCUCCGCCAGCGUGAGAGUGGUUGGUUUACCUCGGCGAAAUCCACCGUCAUUAAGGCCUCGUCCGUCUCGGAACGUAUCGCCUGGGAAGCUUCUCUCCAUGCCGUCAUGCAUGUUCACACGUCAUCGCCGUCGUCGUCGACAGCGUGA